UCAAGCAGCCAGAAGGAAGGGGCUGUCAUUGUCUGGUCCCCCUGUUACUACAGUCAUGGACUUAGAUGUGGAAGGGAGACCACUGAGUCCAGCCCCCUGAUUUUGCAGAUGAGUUGAGUGACUUGCAAAGGGUCACACAAGAGUGGCCCUUAGCACCGAUACCCUGAGAUGUUUCCAUGUUGGGAGCAAAGGAGGCACUCGUAAGUCAUUGAACAGCUAACAAACGGACACCUCCUUAGUCCUAAUGUAGAAGGGAUGGGCUUCCAGGAUACAGUGGCAUUUAGCUUGCCGGCUUGGCCCCCUCUCAGGUCCAUAUAGAAAGGAGUGGUCAGCUGGACGACUGGGGGUGGUUAUCAGAAAUUCUCCAAGCAGGAGGGGCGGGGAUUUGCCCUUAAGUGAAGUCCCACCCAUAGUCCAGGAGGCCGGUCCAGUUAGGGAAAUCUAAUCUUUGGGGGUGGAGGGGAUGGGGGAUAUGGACCUGGCAUAUGUGGUCCUGUCCCAUUGCGCUGCCAAGUGUCAGGGCCAUCACUGGAGGGCAGGUCUCCUGACUGCACGUGCAGCCCCUCGUCCUCUUGUGCUGGGUUUGGGCGAGGAGAUGGCAAGUGCCUAAGGACCACCCCCAGCCCGUGAAAGGGCUGCCCGGGCAUGCCCUCCUGCAGCAGCCCCCAGACCCCCGGCUUUUAUUGUUUUCUCACUGCUGGGUCGCAUCGGGGUAUCGGAGCACAGCUGGGGAAGUGCCGGCUGUGUGCACAUUAAUCCUCCAGCCAGUCACCCAGCCUCUCCCAGGCAGGCAAUAGAUGAGCACUCAUUAUGCGCCUACUGUGUGCCUGCCCGGAAAACUAGGGGAAGGGGCGGCGCCUUCGGGGCGGCCGAAGCAGGACCACGCGGGCACGCACCACGUGGCUGAGGACCCUGCAGACCGAGCUCUAGGCCCGCUGAGUGGCGCUGACCAGGCCGGCCCAGGCCGCAGAGUCGCUGGCUCCUCCGCGCCUGGCUCUGACCAUUGAACCAGUCUCCCUCCAGCUACCUACAGCCUUGAUGGUCACAAGUCCACGGCUCGCUCUUCGCUUCGGGACUACAUUUCCCAGAAGUACUUGCCCGCUGGGAGUGGCGCCGCGGACACCAGCAGGCGUCAGUUGUCAUAGAAACCAGGCGUGGUGUGUUUGGGGAACGCUUCCUCGCCAUUGGGGCAGCGGCGGUAGGGGGUGGGGCCAAAGGGGCUGUCUCCUCGAUCACUUCCGCUCCGCCCUCGGUCUUCGGCAGCUGUCAGACUCUCACUGCGCUCUUGCCUCUGCCCGGUCCUGAGCCUCCACUGGUUCAGGGCCCCUCGUCCUGGCGGGCCCUGCCUUCAGAGGACUCUGGCUUUCUCCAGGAGGAGACUUUGUGGAGGCCAAGGAGAUGGCGCCCGUAUUCCUGACAGCCCAGGCCCCACCACGGUCCAUGACAUUGCAGGAUGUGGCUGUGGACUUCACCCCUGAGGAGUGGGGACACCUGGACCCUUCGCAGAAAGAGCUGUACCGGGAUGUGAUGCUGGAGAAUUAUACAAGUCUGGUCUGCCUGGGGGAAAGGUAUUUCCUUGGUGGAGCAGGAGACUUUCAGCUUGAUGGUGUUGACGUUGGGGUCCUAGCUCCAAUCCUCCUUUCUCUCCUUAACUCCCCUGGCUUUGCAGAUACUAAACCCAAUGUGAUCAACCAGCUGGAGCAAAGAGAAAGGCCUUGGAUGCUGAAGGGAGAUGUCCCAGCCAGCUUGUGUCCAGAGCAUUCUUUCAUCAAGACAGAGGGA